GCACCUUGCGCCUUUCGGCGCCUCCGCGUCCUCCUCUGCAGAACUCGGAGACUGGGGACCGGGUCGGCGCGGUGCCUCGGGCGCGCGGCCCGAGGGAAGGGUUGGGAAUAAUGCACGCUACCGAAGGAUGGGCGAGUCGCCGUUGCGCGCCGGCGGCUCUGGUGGCGUUAUGUGAGGUCCUGUCUUACCUCCCAGCGGCUUGGUCCAGAUGUUAGCCUCACCUUAAAGGCGAGAGAACCGGGACCCCUGGAGGUUCAGUGACACGCCCAAGGUCAAGAGCAGUUGGCAGAUCCAGGAUGAGGUUAAGAUGUCCUCCAAUUCUGGCCUUGCAGGGAGGUCCCUGCCUUCUCCGGAUUCUUUCGUGUGCCAGCACGCUCGUUGGAGAACAUCAAUUGACAGGCCAUAAAGUGGCAGUUAAAAUCUUAAAUAGACAGAAGAUUCGCAGUUUAGAUGUUGUUGGAAAAAUAAAACGAGAAAUUCAAAAUCUAAAACUCUUCCGUCAUCCUCAUAUUAUCAAACUAUACCAGGUGAUCAGCACUCCAACAGAUUUUUUUAUGGUAAUGGAAUAUGUGUCUGGAGGUGAAUUAUUUGAUUACAUCUGUAAACAUGGUCGGGUUGAAGAGAUGGAAGCUAGGCGGCUGUUUCAGCAGAUUCUGUCGGCGGUGGAUUAUUGUCACAGGCAUAUGGUUGUUCAUCGAGACCUGAAACCAGAGAAUGUGCUAUUGGAUGCACAUAUGAACGCCAAGAUAGCUGAUUUUGGAUUAUCCAACAUGAUGUCAGAUGGUGAAUUCCUACGAACUAGUUGUGGAUCUCCAAAUUAUGCAGCACCUGAAGUCAUCUCAGGCAGAUUGUAUGCAGGUCCUGAAGUUGAUAUCUGGAGCUGUGGUGUUAUCUUGUAUGCUCUUCUUUGUGGCACCCUCCCAUUUGAUGAUGAGCAUGUACCUACAUUGUUUAAGAAGAUCCGAGGGGGUGUGUUUUAUAUUCCAGAGUAUCUUAAUCGUUCUGUUGCUACUCUGCUGAUGCACAUGCUGCAGGUUGACCCCCUGAAACGAGCAACUAUCAAAGACAUAAGAGAGCAUGAAUGGUUUAAACAAGAUUUGCCCAAUUACUUAUUUCCUGAAGACCCCUCUUAUGAUGCUAACGUUAUUGAUGAUGAGGCUGUGAAAGAAGUAUGUGAAAAAUUUGAGUGUACAGAAUCAGAAGUAAUGAACAGUUUAUAUAGUGGUGACCCUCAAGACCAGCUUGCAGUGGCGUAUCAUCUUAUCAUUGACAAUCGGAGAAUAAUGAACCAAGCCAGUGAGUUCUACCUCGCCUCUAGCCCUCCAACUGGUUCUUUUAUGGAUGAUAGUGCCAUGCAUAUUCCCCCAGGCCUGAAACCUCAUCCAGAAAGAAUGCCACCUCUUAUAGCAGACAGUCCCAAAGCAAGAUGUCCAUUGGAUGCGCUGAAUACGACUAAGCCCAAGUCUUUAGCUGUGAAGAAAGCUAAGUGGCAUCUUGGAAUCAGAAGCCAGAGCAAACCAUAUGACAUUAUGGCUGAAGUUUACCGGGCUAUGAAGCAGCUGGAUUUUGAAUGGAAGGUAGUGAAUGCAUACCAUCUUCGUGUAAGAAGAAAAAAUCCAGUGACUGGCAAUUAUGUGAAAAUGAGCUUACAGCUUUACCUGGUUGAUAAUAGGAGCUAUCUUUUGGAUUUUAAAAGCAUUGAUGAUGAGGUGGUGGAGCAGAGAUCUGGUUCCUCAACACCUCAGCGUUCCUGUUCUGCUGCUGGCUUACACAGACCAAGAUCCAGCUUUGAUUCUACGACUGUAGAAAGCCAUUCACUUUCUGGCUCUCUCACUGGCUCUUUGACCGGAAGCACAUUGUCUUCAGUUUCCCCUCGCCUGGGCAGUCACACCAUGGAUUUUUUUGAAAUGUGUGCCAGUCUGAUCACUACUUUAGCCCGUUAAUGAUCUCCCUGAUUUUUAUCUUUCUGUUACUGCACUGUGAAAAUCAGAUACAUUCUUUAAAUUAUUAUCUUCUGGAUAUCACACUUUGCAAUAUUGAUUGAAAAACAUGAAUAUUUACAGGGGAUUUGCAAUGCCAUAGAAAUUACUGAAAACAAAGAAGUCUGACCUUUACUUUUAGAACUCUGUAAUUCUAAUGUACCUAUGUUAAAUUCACAUAGGCAGUAUUGUUAAUGGGUGAAUGUUGAUGAAGAUUGUUAAUUUGUAGUUGUGAAUUCACUUCAUAAGAUGAACACACCUCACUGAUGAACUGUCUAAUCUAAGAGUGGUUUGCAACAGCAUCUGGCUUCACUAACAUAGAUAAAUCCAUUUUACUUCCUAAAUUUCACAGCUUUGAGCUGUUUAUGGUCUCAGUUUUCUUGCACAAAAUUAUUAAAAAAUUAAACAGCCAUUAGUAAGAUAUUAGCUGGGUGCAGUGGUGCACAUCUAUAUUCCCAGCAGCUUGGGACACUGAGGCAGGAGGAUCACAGGUUCAAAGCCAGCCCUUGUAAUUUAGUAAGGCACUAAGCAAAUUUGCAAGACCCUGUGUUAAAAAAGAGUAGGGUUAUGCCUCAGUGGUUAAGUGCCCCUGGGUUCAAUCCCAGUAACAAAAAAAACCCCAAAUUAUUUACAGGUUGGAAUCUUAAAAGCCUGCUCUGAAAAUUCCAGAAACCAAGUUCUUUGAACAGUUUUUGCAAACACUGCUUAAUACUCACCAGAAGGUCUGUGGUCUCUAAAAGGUACUCAUAAUUUCUAGGUUCCUUAAAAACAGUUUUGACUAUCUCAGGGCUUUAUCUUUGAGAUUUCCCUGAAUGACAAUGUUUAUCUUAAGAGCCUUCAAGGUUCAGCUUAGCAUUGGGAUAUCUGGACUUGAAAUAAUUAGUCUUUUCCAUAAAUUUAUGUAAUUUUAAAAUAUGUGCUCAAGGCCUACCUUUCUCAAAUUCUUUUUAUCUAUUUAUUUUUGCAUUUAAUCAAGAACGAUAAAACAGUAGACAGUUAAAUGAAGCAAAGCAGAAUAUCAGCAAUCCCUUAAAAAUGAAUUCUGAUCUUUUAUUUUGUGUGUUUGGGGACAGGAUUGGGUGAGUGGGAGUAAAAGGUUAGAGUCCUAUUGCAUCUCAUGGUACUAAAUCUUUACUUGGAGUUAAAGUUUGGUAUUGAUGGUACCACCUUCCUCCACCUUCCCCAAUAACCAUUAUCUUUGUUCAUUUUUUCAUCUUAAGUGGCUGAUUGAUUCAGCUGAAUCUUUUUUGGUUCCCUUUCUUGAUUGCUAGCCAUUCAGUUCAAAAACACUAUUCUAGCCCUAAGGGCUUUUGUGUGCUUCCAAAGUUUAAUAGGCUAUGACCUUCACUGUUGAACCUGAUGAGGCAGGGAAACCUUAAGUAGUCUUUCCUGAAAAAAUAUAUGUGUUGUUUACAUAUAUUACAUAUAUGUAUUCACAUAACAGUUAUUUUAAUCGAAAAGCAGAUUUUGUUUGUUUUGCUUUGCAAAAUUUUUUUAAGAUUAAAGGAAAAACUGUAUAUAGCAGGAUAGAUACUAGGACAUUGAUAAUAUUUUGUUUUAGUAAAGGUAUUUAAUUUUUUUAUUUUUUAUUCUAAUUUGUUAUAUAUGAUAGCAGAAUGCGUAAUUUAUCUAAUUUUGUAUUUAUGCAUUUAUUGUAUUUAUGUUGUAAUUAACAAUCUCAUUUUGCCUGACAUGCCCUAAAAAUAUUGAGCUCUUGAAAACAAAAAAAAAAUGACAUUGCUUUGACAGGUUUCUCUUUGCCAAAAUAAUGUUUUCUAUCAAGAAGCAAAUGAGAAUGCUAUAUCAAGUUUCUCAAGUAUGUCUGUAUCUUUAACCUUUUGAGUCAUGAAUUUCAGGGGCGUCACAUCAAACUGUUUUGUAGAUUUUUUUUAAAAAAAUGGUGUUAAAUAACUUGCAAGUCCAACUUCUUUAUAUGGAAUCCUUGUUCACUGAUUUGGGAAAGACCAUAGGGUUGCAGUUUGAGAUAGCUUAAGGUCUAAACCUUUAAAAGACUGCCAUCUUGUGGCACCAAAGGGUAAUUUUUUUUAAUUAGUUGUGGGGAUAAGUAGUCCUGCUAUUUAAGUGUGAUGUGCAUUAUCAGUAUGGCAUAAUUUUGACUUCUCCCAAUGUGCAUGUGCCUUUGUUCCACUUCAUAAUAUUUGCCUAAUUAAACAACAAUUUUAUGAGCAAAGAAACGUAGGAAGGAAUCUAGUGGCACUGUUGCUUCUUUAGUCUAAUACAAUCAGACAUAAGACACUUUUUUCAUAUCAAAAUUACCUUAUAUGGAUGAUGAGAAUUUUCUUUGAGAGUUAAAAUUUAUUUACUGUUUUCUCAUUCUUGCCAGUAUUUAUGAAAAUCCACAAGGAUAGUUGAAUUUUAGGGGGAAUCUGAGGAUCAUAGUGUUGGUUCUUUUCUGCAGUUUUAAAAACAAAUAUUCUGUGAAUCUAGGUGUUAUAAUAAAUUGAUUUUCAGAGAGAUUUCAGGACACUGAAUGAAAGGGAGUAGAAUGUUGUCAUAGGCUUUCUGUUGGUCAUGGGCACAGAGAAGAAAGAAUCUGUUGCUAAUCCUCAAUUCCUGUCUCAGUCUUGUAAACUGGUUAACUGUAGAUGUGGUAUGUGGGCCUGAGCUAAGAGCAGUUUCCUCUGGUUAAGAUCCUGGGGAGAACUUCUAUUUUUAGAUUAUAGGAAGGCCUGGGCUGUGCCAUGGAAAUGGACUCCAUGUGGUUUUAGAACAUUUCCCAAAGAAUAAGAGAUUCUGUGGGGUAAGUUUGGAGAAUACUGCAUGCACCUCCCUCCAUUAGGAUGACAAUGGGAUAUGAGCAUUGAAGUCUUUUUCUUCUAUGAAAAAAGGAAAAAAUAUAAUAUAGUUUGGUUUAACCCUGCUUUGCCCAAAUUAACUUGCUGCUUUAAAAAUUUAUUCCAUAAGGAAAGGAAAAUUUGGAAAAUACUUUUUCAGGAAAAUUAUUGUCCCAGGUUGCCAUAAUCAGGAUAGUUAAGAAUGAAAUUGAUAGCACUUCUUUUCCCCUUACCAGUUAUCCAGGAGAACCUCAUUCAAAUUGGAAAUCAUUUUUUUUUUAAACUUGCAGACAUGUUCGUCUUGAGUGAAUUGUGGACUAAGAAUUUUUAUGUCUACAACUUGUUUUGAAGCAUGUUGAUUUUCUUAAUUAGAUUUUGUAAUAAUAGAUGACUGAAAAACCUUAAAUAAGAUUACUCAUGUAAAAGACUUAAGGCCACUGAUUCAUGUUUUUGACUCUGUGGGCAAUGAGUCGGUAUCAUUAAUUCUUUCAAAUGUUUAGUCAGUGAAUAUUUUCUGAAUACUUUUAUUUAGGAUGCUUGUUUUUAAAGCUAAUUCCUAUUGUCUUCAGUGUAAAAAACAGUUACUGUCUCAAAUUGAAUAUUUGUGGAGGGAGGGAGGCAAAACAUUUACACGUUGGGUGUUUGUUUUGAUCUUUUAAGAGACACUUUGUAGUCUCUAGUGUUUGCAUUCUUUGGAACUAGUCAUCUAUAAAGAGACUAGUAUCGAAAUUAAUCAGAAAUAAUAGUUUUUAGCUAUUUAUAGUACAGACAAUUCUCCAUUUUCUGCAAAUAGGUUUUCAAGAAUGGUUACAUAAUUCUGGUUUUGCUUUCUCUUAUUCCCUAGCCAAUUUGUACUCAGGGAAUACCCAUUUUUAGAAUUAAAUGAGACAUAAUUUAGAAAGUAAUCAUAACCAUUACAAAUUUUUGGACUACUUUAUCUGUUGCAUCUGCUAAUGUGCAGUAUACUGAGUUAAUGUAAGCACCACGCCUAUUUAUACGAUGUAGAAGCCUAGAAGAUGCCUACCACAGACACUAUAUUUUUGUCCAUUCACUGGUUAAUAAUUUAAAUCCCAUUAAUAUCUAUGAAAUCCCAGUAUUUAAAUGCUAGACACAUUCACAGUUUUGUCUUUUUUUUUUGUUUUUGUUUUUAAAGAUACCAUUUCAGGCAUCUGACAUUUUUGCCUGGUCCUCCUUUCAUCCAGUGACUUUAAAAUAAAAAAGGAAUGUUAUUUAAUAGCAGUUCUCAGAGACUGUUAAAAACUCUGCAUGAGGGAUAUGUGCAAUCUAUUGGUAAGUUGCAUCCUGCAUUGGACUUCAUUUUUAUGACCCCCAAAUGGGAGGGAUAGAGGAAAGACCUUUAGGGUAUUUUGGAGCUUUAAAAGUCUGCUUUUUCUACUUUUCGUAUGAUUUGCAUUGGUGUUCACUUUUUUUAUAUAUUUAGAGUUUUAUACUAGUUUGAAAGUUCAAUUUUGGUUUGGUGAGGCAUUUUGAUGGUAUAUACUUGAAUAUUUUUCUAAAUACAGCUGCCCUCUCAUAUACAAAUAGUAUAUUACUAUUUUUACAAAUAGUAAAAAUCAUUCAGAAAACCAGACAGGUUAAAUAUCAUGUCUACUUGGCAUAAAGCAAAAGAUUACUAAUUCGUAGUGAUGGAAGUAUUUCAUACAUUUCUAUAGUAGGUUUUAGAUCAAGGGACCCUCCCUGUUUGUUAACUAUUACAGUAAUUUUGUGAAGUAACCAGAAAAAGUGUAUUAUGUUACCACUCUCCAGAUAAGGAAACAGGGCUAGAGAGCUCUUAAUAAGCCUUUAAGGCUAUACGAGUAUUCAGUGGUGAUCAGACUAUACCAUUUUUCCUCUGGGCAGAACAGUUGAAUUAAUGAAACAUCUGAGUAGUCAAAGAAUAAAAAUAAACACAAAUGUAUUGCUUUCCAUUCUUAGACUGACAUAAAGUAGGAUUAACUAAAUGUUUCCUAAUUGUAUUGAUUAUACCAACUAGGUAUAAUUUUUUGAACUAUUUAUGAUUAGCAUAUCGAUUUUUAUAGGAACUUCUAAGUUGAGGGUGCUUAAAAAGUUACUGAAGAAACUUUGUGACAUAUUCUUCAUAUAAUUUUAUUUAUGUGAUUCUGAUAGCACAAUCUCUGAAAAGAAAAAAAGAGAAACAAAAACUAGCCUUAGUCCAUUUCUAAUUUAUCAUCAGUUUUGACUAUUUCCUGAAUUAGCCUUCUCUAAAUUUCACAUAGAGGAUAGUAAUUUUUCAUGUUGUAUGCAUAUUAGAUGAUAUUCAUGAACAGAAAUUACCUAAUUGUAAUUGGCUUGAUAUUCUCCCAAACCUUUUAAAACUUUGAACUUGAGUUUGAUGAGCUUUAAAAUGUAUGUAAACCUAACUAGACAAGUUGCUGGCAUCCUUACUAGUCUUUCCCACAUGUAUGUGUGAUGCAUUUGAUGCCACUGAAUAGUAACAGAACAAAGACCAGGACCCACAGUCUAGACUGGAGUAAGUUUUAAUUAAACUUCUUCAGCCAUAACCUGGUAAGAAUCAGAUUAGGUCUAGAAGUUAUUAGACUGUAGUGCUGUAUUAAUUUUGCAAGCCAAUGUUAAUGUUUACUGCCAGCCUUGCACAGCAAUGCCAGUCUGCAGCCUUGAUUGUGUAUGGAACUUUUGGUAACUAUAGUUUAUAUCUAAAACAGUUUAGAUUUUAUGAAAGUUAUUCACGAUUAUUUGAACAAGCAGGGUAGGUAAAUUUGAAUUAUGUUUAAAGUGCAAUUAAGGAAAUCCUAGAAUAGAGCACUCCUUCCAGGAAAAAAGUAUUAAGAAUUUGGAAUAUCCUGGCAUGAAAAAUUUUUGAACUUGUACAUAGAGUUUUGACAAGCUUUAUACAGUGUUUUCCUUUUUAAUUCAAGGUUUGCUACUUUGAGUUAAUUUAAAAUUUCAAGGAGGAACAAAAAUAUUCUAGGCAAGAAUUGCAUGGUUAAUUUUUUUCUGCUAAUCUAAUUUUCACAGUUAAAAUUCCCUUUUAAGUAUGUUUUGUUACCCAAAAAAGGCCACUUUUCUAAAUAGAUGACGUUUUCCUAAAAUGGGAAAGAGAAACAUCCUGUUAUAAAAACAAACACUAAAUUGUGCCUUCUCUCUCAUGUUACAGAAACAGUAAUAGUAAAGUUGUUUGAACUGUAAUUUCUUUUUCUCUGAUCCCUCUCAUUUCCGUUUAGAUCUAGCCUCCACAGACAAUCUUACUUAGUUCUGCCUGUCUGUUUUCAAGUUUGUUUGGCCAAACCUCACACUAUCAGAAGUUGUUCACUAACUGUAUUUUCUGUUUCUUUUUUUAUGUUGUUUCACUUUUUAAAGUCACUUUAGUAAAUAUUUGGCUGCCUUCUCAUGUUUUUUAAAAUGAAUGCAAAGUUAAGUAGUCUUUGUAUUUUGCAAGUUUGUAUAGGGAAGAAAGAAUACAGAGCUAAGGACAAAAUCUAAUUGGAAUCUGAUUCUCCUUUUGGCUGCUAUAGCAGCACAAGUUGCAUGACCUCACUUACUCUUCUCUUGUACAAAAUAUGGAUGAUAACCUACCUCACAUGUGUGAGAUGUGUGUGAGAAAUCGUUUCAAGGUCCUUGUUUAAAUGCAAGGUUUAUGUCCCCGUAUUUAAUAUAAAUCCCUUCUUUUUAUAGAUACCUUUGAUACUGAUGAGUAUCCUGAUUUUUAGGUAAGUUUUUGUGGUAAGAACAUAGUGCUAAGAAUGUUUCAGACCACAGUUUCACAAAUUAUGGUGUUCUUAUUUUGAGACAUUUAAAGUUUCUUGGAAACAUCAGAUAUUUAAAUAUCAAACUUGUUUAUUGUUUCAACAAAUAAUAUUCGGAACUUCUUAAUGUCAGCUGAAGCUGCCUUAAUGUAUCAAAAUACAGCAUUCUGUUAAGACUGUUCUCAAACAUCUAUGUUGUACAAUGUUUUGAGUAUUUAAUGUGAAGUUAUUACAGAACUGUAAACUCAAAGGAUAGUACCUUGAUACUAUUAAGAAGAAUGGUUGUGUUCUUUAUCAUGUAUGCUAAAAUGUUAUAUAGUGAAUUUUGAGUACAGCAAAUAAAACCGAAAGUUGAUAGCUUUUAGGUUAUUUAUGUCCAUGACAAUCAUAAUAUUAUGUACAAUUGGAUAGUAAUUGUUCCUUUUUUUUUUUUUUUAAGAACAUCAUGUGUUCUUUCUUUCUCAGCCCAUCUUAGGAAACUAAAUCCGUAGGCUGAUACCUUAACCCACUGAAGCACUGGACUACAUCUCUAUUCAAAAAAAAUUUAAACUAUUGAAAUUGGGACCACUGGUUUCAGAGGGAAAACCAAUACUAGAUUUCCAGUGCUUAUGUAUUUUAGUAAUGGCAUAUUCAAAUUUCAGUUUUGUUUGCUAAAUAUUAUUUUUUUGUGAGAGUUAUAUGAUCUGUGAGAAGGAUUUGUUUUCCAGUAACCAUGUGAAAAGAUGUCUUGAAUUACACUGCAUUUCAUAGAUACAGGUUCUCUUGGUAGAACCAACUCAUAGGCAACAAACACAAGGAAAAGCAGCCUAAUUGCUUAUAAGCUUUUUCCACAAAAUCAAAUUAAAGUCACGGUUAAUUUGAAAA